AUGCUGGAGGUGGCAGUCCCGUGCGAGGCGUGGCCCGAGUUGAGGUUAAAGAGCAAGGCAGAGGUCGAUUCCGUAGCAGACCGAAUCCACGAGUUGCGGAGGAAGCAUUUGUGCGAGGGGUCAUUCUCACCCACGUCGAGCAUUUUGACGCAGUUGGCCAUGGGGAAGAAGUUCAACAAAACACACCAGUCGCCAUCCAACAUCCAUUGGUCUGACGAUGAGAAGGUUAUAAACUACUUGGGCCAGCCGGUGGUGUUGGAUAAGGUGAAGGCGAUGUGCCACGCGUUGAUUGUGGAGUUGCAAGCAUUGAUGGGGGUGUUGACGUUCGGAUGUGAUGUGAAGGCCAUUGAUUUGGAUCGGAUCAUGGACAGCAUGGCGUGGAGCCAGUCGUUCCGUCAGCAGGACUUCAGCUUCGUCGAGCAUGUGCAGAACCAGGACCAGGUCGGGGUUGGUUAUCGGUAUUUGUUGGAGCGAGCGCAGAGGGGUGGUGGGGGGUGGAGGUUGCUACGAAACAACCGAGCGACGCAAGCAGCCGAAUGGUUCCGGCCGCAGGUGGAGAAGUAUCUGAUAAAGGAGGGACAGUUCUUACGGAAGCUGAUGGUGUGCAUGCACGUAACGGGUGGGCAGCCCGGACGCGGGCCCGAGUUGGGUUCGGUGAAGGUGAGCAACAGUGUUUAUUCAGCCCGGAACAUAUACGUGGUCAACGGGCGGAUGUGCUUCUUAACCAUGUAUGACAAGGCACGGAAGAGACGGGGGAACACAGAGUACAUUGUACGGUGUCUGCCGGACGAGGUGGGACAGGUGUUGGCACAGUAUCUGGUAUACGUGCGUCCAUUUGCGCGGGCAUUGGAUCAGCGAGAGUCAGAGUAUUUGUUUGGGGACAGACGAGGGCCGUGGGCUGGCGAGGAGCUGAGCAGGGCAUUGGCGUCCGCUAGCAAGGUGCACGUGGGUGUGCGCUUGACAGUGUCUGCAUGGAGGCAUGUGGCGAUUGGGAUUGCCACAAGGCAUUUGAUGCGGGCAAGCAAGACGUGGGAGAAGGAGCAUGAGGAGGCUGAGGACGGGGAGGAUUUUGCAGAGGGGGAUGACGACGAGGAGCUGGAGCUGGACACGUUCCGUCACAUCAUGGUCCGGCAGUCUGGACAUGGACGGCGAGUAGCACAAGCGCACUACGCGGCGUCGAUGGCAUGGCACGGGUUAUGGGAGCUGGGGGGGGGAGGGAUUCCCAAGGUCAAGGCCAGACACAGACGCGAAGCCAGCCAGCAGUUAACCAUGCGGCCAGUGAAGAGAGAGAGGAUGGGAGGGCCAGCGCCAUCGUUGGUUGGAUUGCAGCGCAUAUACCACAACAUCAAUGCCAAACCACGGUCGGAAGGUCAGGCGGCAGCGUUGGAAUUGGUGCACCACCCAUCCCCCAUACAGCCAUUGAUCAUUGUGUUGCCGACGAGCAGCGGGAAGUCGGCGUUGUUUUUUUCCGUAGCAGCGAUGACGCGUCAGCAAACACCGUGGGAGGCAGCUGGGUUGGAUUGCGAGGAGUGGGUUGACGAGCAGUCCGGGCAUGAGUUGCGGCAGUUGAUUGUGGUCAGCGCAGACCGAGCAGUGCAGGGCGAGUUUUUGCAUUACGCAAAGGGGUUGGAAAUAGAAGGACGGUUGGCCCAUGUGUUUUUCGACGAGUGCCACGUUGCGUACACGGACACAUCGUACCGGGAGCGGUUACGAGAGUUGUGGAUGUUGCGGUAUUUGAACUGCCCAUUUACCGGGUUGACGGCGACAUUGAUGGUUCAGUUGGAGGACGUGUUGAAGGAGCGGUUGGACAGCAAGGAUGAGGCACCAUCCGACAUUGCCGUAAAGCAUGUGCAGCAGGUGACGCUGGGCCGUGGGAAGCGAGGGUCAUAUACGUGCGGAGUUAUGACACGGACGAUAAGGGGGAGGUUUACGGCGAUGGGCGAGCGGGAGGGUGGAUGGAUUGUUGCGACGGGGGCAUUGGGGACGGGAAUCAACAUUGAGGGGAUCAUGAUGAUUGUUCACGUGGGUCGCGUAUGGGUUGACGAGCUUCGUGCAGCAGUCUGGGCGUGGAGGGCGAGGUGGGGAGGUGAGUGA